GAGAUGUGUCUGGUGGCUCCUGAGUCUCCGUCUGAACAGGCCAGGAGAGUUUUCCAAACCUUCGACCCAGAAGAUAACGGCUUUAUUCCAGACUCUCUGUUGGAGGAGGUGAUGAAGGCACUAGACCUCGUCUCAGAACCCGAAUACUAUGUGAGUCUGAUGAAGAGUAAGUUGGAUCCAGAGGGCUUGGGGAUCGUGCUGCUGGCUCCUUUCCUCCUGGAGUUCUUCCCUGAUCAGGAUACUGGAAUCCCAGACUCCUUCCCUGUCUACCACUACAAUGGCCUGAAACAGUCCAACCACAACGAGAGGGUGGAGUAUGUGCAGGGUACAGCCUUGGUCCUGGGCUUUGAGGAUCCCAUGGUGAGGACAGACGACACUCCAGUGAAACGAUGCCUCCAGACCAAGUGGCCCUACAUAGAACUGCUGUGGACUACUGAACGCUCUCCUUCACUUAACUAACUCACUGCUAGGGUGGUAGAGAACUGACUGAUCCCUACAGGAAAGAAGGCCACAAAGACUGAGACACACACACACAGAGUACAUGUACACAUCUGCACGCACACACACAGGAAUUUGCUCACUUUCCUGGGCUGGACAAAAACACACACAGAAGAACAUAUAAGCCACUACACACACUGACAUACAGACACACACUUGUUUACUGUUAAUGCUGUUAUGUUUUACAUGACUGUAAAUUAAGUCACAGGAUGUUUUUGGUUUGUCGUAAAAAGCUGAAUGACUUAUUGUCACUAUAGAUGACUUGUCUCUGUUUUAUACUCUGGGAUAUAUUCACUUAAGAACUACAUAUAAAGGAGACCGCUGACCUCGUUGGAUGUAAACCUGUAACUGAGUGACUGGAUCUAUGCUUCUGUAACACCCAGCUGUCUGACUGUUAAAGAGAUAAACAACCAAAGCUUUCCGCAAGACAUGCGCGCGCACACACACGCUCUCCUAUUCUAACUACAGCUGAGUUAGUUUGACCUCUUAAUACUGAGGCAGGGUAACCCUGACCCAGAUUAGGUUUACUGCAUUAUCUCCAUUGAAAUAUUCCAGGAGCAGCCUAAAUCUGGGGCUGGGAAACUGGCCUCAAGGGUUGUCACAGGAGAUUACAGUAAAAGGGUAACACACACACACACCCUGGUGUUUUCAGCAUAAAGGGACCAAUCACAGCAGAGAUAUGAAGAAAUUCCUCCUGUUUAGUGGUUUGACCUGGAAGUAGAACCUUCGGCUGGUUUUACACGCGGCGCGACUUCUCUCUUCACAUCAACACAGGAAGUGAUAUGGUAUUCCAUGUAUUUUUGCCACACCCCCCAAACUAAUAAACCAUUUUUUCUUCA